ACGAAUUAACGCAAGUCUUUAUCAACUUCCAGUUUGCUUCUUACUGGAACCUGACAUAUGUUUACGUUAUAUCAUUUAUUAUUUUUUUUGUAACCUUAAAAUUUAUUAAAUUUUUGCAGUUCAAUCAACAUGUUUCAAUGCUUUCUUUGACUUUUAAAGCUGCUUGGUACCCUUUAACCAUGUUUGGAAUAAUCUUUUUCAUAAUUUUGUGCUCUGUUGCAACUACAUCAAGUAUUGUUUUCGUGAAUUUCGUGCAAGUUUUCGGAAUCAGCCUAAAGAUAAUGAAAUGGUUGAUUUUAUAAUGGCUCGUUUUAAAGACUUGUUUGGGUGGAGUCUCUCAAGAAAGUCCGAGACAAAACAUCAUUGUGAAAAAUCUAAAAAUUGUUUACCAAUCUACUCUAAAAACAAAUUUGAUAAAAUGCGAAAGUUUAAAGGAGUUGAUAGAGUGGUUCACGCGUUUAAAUCAGAGAAUGCAAUUCUCUGCGUAUCUAAAUACUCAAUUCAAUUGCAUAUUAAAACUAAAUACGAUUAUUUGUUACAAGAGAGAGUGCUCGGUAUUGAUGAAAGCAAAUCUCUAGAUAAGUUUAUCAGCUGCAUGAAUCUUGUCUAUAAAGCAUCAUCUACAAAUAUAAAAAUUGAAGUUUUAGAUGUUCCAAAAUAAUUUGCAAGUUAUUAAAAGUCAUCAAUCAACAAUUAAUGAAAUGAAUUUUUUUACUAAACUAAAUAUUUUUCAAUACCUUAUAAAUAUCUAAAAUUCCAUGCAUAAACCAUGUAAAUGUAUUUGUAAAUCACUUUUGCGUUUUUAAUUCGCUUAAAUGCGAAUCUGUUGUUUAAUAUCUUGUUUUAAGGACGAUGUUUAAUAUCUGUUGUUGUUUGUUACUGUGAUUGAAUAGUUUGUAUAUUUUGAAGGUGUUUGUGACAAACAUAUUUUGAAGUGCUUGUGACAAACAUAUUUUUGACAAUUGUUAUCAAUUUUUUUUUUUUUUUUUUUUUUUGUAUAUCACAAAAUCGCUAUAAACUUCGAUUUCAACAGCUAUUUUGACCGAACUUUUAAUACUAUCUCAUAAUUUCGGUUACUGCAUACCAACAUGAAUAUGCACGAUUUUGAAGUUUUUAUAUGCAAAAAAAAUAUUUUCAGUGAGGGGCAAUUAAAUAUAAUAUAGUAAUUUAAAUAUAGUUUAGUGACGCACCGCGCAUACUCGAGGUUCUAGCAUUUUAAAAUUUCACUGACUUUAAAGAAAAAGAGUAAUAAUUAUUUAGUAUACUUGGUAACUCUUAAUUAUUUAGUAUACUUGGUAACUCUUAAUUAUUUAGUAUACUUGGUAACUCUUAA